AUGUCCUCCAAAUGGCGUGCCAUACAGCACCGCCAUCGUUACACUUACAAUACCGUCGUUUUCCCGUCUUCCUACACAGAGUCCCUGAACUCCCUCCCAUCACAAUUAUCCAGCUUAAAAUUCUUCUCCCAACUCAAAGAACUAGUCUCUCUAAACUCCACAUAUGCUCAACUCAAUCACACUAAGGGCCUCGCUGCAGCAUUCGGGGACUUACUCACCAAUGGGGACGAAGCUACAGUCGCCCAGGCGGCGCCGUUUUACUUGGAGCUUCUUUUUCUGGAGAAUUCAUUGCCUUUGCAUAAAACCCUUGUCUCUGUUUUGGCCAAGGCUCGUACUUUUCAGGCUUUGAUCGGCCGAUGCUAUCGUAAGCUUUGCGAAGACUAUGGUGGCGGCAAGGGGAAGCGAUUUUGUGUGUCCCGCUCGGCUUUAUCGGUGAUGGGUAUGCCCAAGUUGGGGUUUUUAGUUGAAAUUGUCGAAGAGUGCGCGGUUUUGAUUGCUUUGGAUACAGUUUCUAGCUUGAAUGGUCUGGUUUCGGAGACUAAAGGGUCUGCUCGGCCUUCGCCGAUUGUUAUAGAGCAAUGCCAAGAGGCUUUGUCUUGUUUGUACUAUUUGUUUCAGCGUUUCCCUUCUAAAUUCGAGGAAUUUAAUAGUUCUGGGAGUGGUUUUGAUGCUGGCCAUUCGAAUGUUUUGGAGAUGAGUGUGACUGUCGUUUUAAGCAUUUUGAAGUCGUUGGCGUUUUCGAGGGACUGUUAUGUGGCUGCUGGGGUGAGCUUUUGUGCAGCUUUGCAAGUGUGUCUCAGUCCUGAAGAGCUGGGCUUGUUUAUAUUUGAAGGUAUAUUUCACCCAACUGAUUAUAGUAGUUUGGAUGCUAAUUCUGAAAGUGAAAAAAGGAAUGCGAUAGCCAAAGUUCCUUAUAAAGGGGAUAUAUACACUGAAAUAUGUAAUUUAUCUGACUUGAGUAGACUUUGCUUGAUCAGAGGGAUUCUUACAGCGGUUUCAAGAGCUGUGCUUAAUUCCCAUUUUGAUAUGUCAAGGGGUUAUUCGAAUGGUUAUGAGGUUCAUACAAAUGGUGGCAACUGUGUUAAGACCAUACUGUAUGAUGGAAUUUUGCCUGAGUUAUGCAACUAUUGCGAGAACCCUACCGAUAGCCAUUUUAACUUUCACACUUUAACUGUGUUGCAGAUUUGUUUGCAACAAAUAAAAACCUCAAUGUUAGCUAAUCUUACCAUCCCAUCCGAGCAUUAUGAUCCCAUCCCGGUGGAAAUGGGAACCCGGAUAUUGAGAAUUGUAUGGAAUAAUUUGGAAGAUCCUUUAAGUCAAACAGUCAAACAAGUUCACCUCAUUUUUGAUCUUUUCCUAGACAUUCGAUCCACUCUUCAUUGGUCAGAAGGUAGUGAGAGAAUAAGGUCAUUCUUGCAAAAUAUUGCUUCAGAUCUUCUCCGUCUGGGACCUCGCUGCAAGGGGAGAUAUGUUCCUUUAGUUUCACUGACCAAAAGAUUGGGUGCAAAAACUAUGCUGGAUAUGAGUCCUAACUUGCUGUUUGAGACUGUACAUGCAUACAUUGAUGAUGAUGUGUGCUGUGCUGUCACAUCAUUUUUGAAGUGUUUACUUGAGGACUUGCGUAAUGAGUGUUGGAGUAGUGAUGGUAUUGAAGGUGGUUAUGUACUUUACAGGGAGCAAUGUUUGCCUCCAUUUUUGUAUGGACUUGCUUCUGGGGUUUCAAAGCUCCGCUCUAAUUUGAACACUUAUGCUCUGCCAAUUUUACUUGAAGUGGAUGAGGACAGUAUAUUUGCUAUGCUUUCUUUUAUUUCGGUUGGUCCAAGCAAGGUCGAAAAUCAACUGUUAUAUCCGGAGCUCUGUCGUGGAAACAUGGAACUGAGAGUUGAACAGAAAGUGGCUAUCUUAGUAUCAUUGCUCAAGGUAUCUCGUCUUCUUGCGUUGCUUGAAGGGGACAUUGAUUGGUGCAAUGAUUCUGCAGUACAUGAGCAAUUUGGUGGGCUGGAAACAGAUUUCCCUGAUCGAUAUGCUCUUGUUUCUAUCAAAGGGAUAAAGGUUGAAGUUGUUGUCGAGUGGCUAGUGCUGGCAUUGACCCAUGUUGAUGAUUCAUUACGUGUGGAUGCUGCAGAGACACUUUUCUUGAAUCCCAAGACAGCUAGUUUGCCUUCCCAUUUAGAACUCAUGUUAUUGAAGGAAGCAGUGCCAUUGAACAUGAGGUGUUGCUCUACAGCUUUCCAAAUGAAGUGGAGUAGCUUGUUUAGGAAGUUCUUUUCUCGGGUUCGAACAGCCCUGGAGAGACAAUUCAAGCAGGGAAUUUGGGAACCUCUUGAGCAUAACAACAGCAAUGAAAUGCAUCUUUCAAGUAGAAGUAAGCAAACUGAAGCUAACAGAGCAAGUGAUCUUUUUCAUUUCAUGAGGUGGUUAAGUUCAUUUCUAUUUUUCUCAUGCUAUCCUUCUGCCCCUUAUAAGAGAAAAAUAAUGGCCAUGGAGCUCAUUCUAAUAAUGCUUAAUGUUUGGUCCAUUGUGCCUGCUACUCAAGAAAAAAUCAGUUCUUUGUCUUUGGAAGACCGUCUCUAUCCCUAUAAUAAAGGAAUCACUUUACCUGAUUCAACUUUGUUGUUAGUUGGAUCCAUAAUUGAUAGUUGGGACAGGCUCAGAGAGAGUUCUUUUCGCAUACUGUUACAUUUUCCCACCCCACUUCCUGGAAUUUCAGAUGAAUAUAUGGUCCAGAACGUGAUUUUAUGGGCUAAGAAAUUAGUUUGCAGUCCACGAGUGAGAGAAACUGAUGCUGGAGCUUUGAAUUUAAGGCUGAUUUUCAGGAAGUAUGUCUUACAGUUAGGAUGGACAGUCCGAGCUUCAGUUGAUGUAGCUUGCCUUCGUUCACAGUCUGGCUUGGAAAACGGAGAUUAUCAGACUUAUAAUUCUGGAUAUCCUGCGAUGGAGUAUAUAAGAUCACUGAUUGAUUGGUUGGAUGUUUCCAUAGUGGAAGGGGAGAGGGAUCUUUCUGAAGCAUGUCAGAAUAGCUUUGUUCAUGGGAUAUUACUCACACUACGAUAUGCUUUUGAGGAACUGGACUUCAACUCUGACGUAGUACUGUCUAGUAUCUCAGAGAUGAGACAUUCGUUAGAGAAGCUCUUGGAGCUUGUGAUGCGAAUAACUUCUUUGGCACUCUGGGUGGUUUCUGCAGAUGCUUGGCAUCUCCCUGAAGACAUGGAUGGGAUGGUUGAUGAUGAUGAUUCCUUCUUAUCAGAGGUUCCAGAUGAGGUGGAAGUGAAAGCAUCUCUAUUGGAGCAUGAAGACAGAAACUCCAAACUUGUGCAGAAUAACAGGCGAUCAGAACAGAGUGUAAUGGUUGGCUGCUGGCUUGCGAUGAAAGAGGUGAGUCUUCUUUUGGGAACUAUCAUAAGAAAGAUUCCUUUACCAAGUAGCCCUUGCUCAGAAUCAUUAAAUUCAGAAGGCACCUCUUCUUGUGCUUCCGAUGUUUCAGUUAUGAUAGAUUCCGAUGCAAUGCUUGAUCUGAAACAACUUGAAGCAAUUGGGAAUCACUUUUUGGAAGUCCUGCUGAAGAUGAAGCAUAAUGGUGCAAUUGAUAAAACGAGGGCUGGAUUUACAGCUCUUUGCAACCGCUUACUUUGUUCAAAUGAUCCUCGACUUUGUAAAUUAACAGAAUCGUGGAUGGAGCAACUUAUGGACAGAACUGUUGCCAAGGGUCAAACAGUGGAUGACUUGUUAAGGAGAAGUGCAGGUAUUCCUGCAGCAUUUAUAGCUCUAUUUCUCUCAGAGCCAGAAGGUGCACCUAAGAAACUUCUCCCACGGGCCUUACGGUGGCUCAUAGAUGUUGCUAAAGCAUCAUUUAUGGAUCCAGUUGAAACCAACAGCUCUAAUUGCGCCUCAAGUAAAGUAUCUUCAAUAAAGUCAGACAAAAGUUUUGAGUCUGUGGUGUCGUCAGAUAUACAUAUAAGUGACAAGGUUUCGAAGAUCCGUGAUGAGGGUGUCAUUCCUACUGUACAUGCAUUCAAUGUACUCAAAGCCACUUUCAAUGACACCAACCUGGCUACUGAUACAUCAGGUUUUUCUGCUGAGGCUAUGAUUGUUUCAAUUCGCUCCUUUUCUUCUCCCUACUGGGAGGUUCGGAACAGUGCUUGUCUGGCAUACACUGCUUUGGUGCGUCGCAUGAUUGGAUUCCUCAAUGUCCAGAAACGAGAGUCCGCAAGGCGUGCACUAACUGGGGUCGAAUUUUUUCAUCGGUAUCCCUUACUGCAUCCAUUUCUAUUCAAGGAACUGAAAGUUGCUACUGAGUUGCUUGGGGAUGGGGUAUCUGGACAAUCUAAAUCCAACCUGGAACAUGCUGUGCACCCAAGCUUGUGCCCUGUCUUGAUUCUGUUAUCCAGGCUGAAGCCCUCAACAAUCGCAAGUGAGACUGGAGAUGACCUGGAUCCUUUUCUGUACAUGCCAUUCAUUAGAAGGUGCUCAACCCAAAGCAAUUUAAGAGUCCGUGUUCUUGCAUCUAGAGCUUUAACAGGCCUUGUAUCAAAUGAGAAAUUGCCAACUGUUCUCCUCAAUAUAGUAUCUGAGUUGCCUAGAAUAGAUAACCAAGACACAGUGACUCCUGAGUCGUCCCUAUUAUUUCACAAUACCAAAAGACGACACCAGAGUUCAUAUAAUUGGAUUCAUGGAGUUCUAUUGCAGUUAAGUUCUCUCUUGGAUACAAACUGUAGAAAUCUGGCUGAUUUCUCAAAGAAAGAUCAGAUUCUAGGUGACUUAUUUCAAGAUCUUUUACCGCAUUCAUGGAUUGCAAAGCCCAGAUGGUGCCCUUGUCCAAUCCUCAAUGCUUCUUUCUUAAAGCUGCUGGAUCACAUGCUCAGUAUUUCAAGGACGUGCCAUAUGAGCAAAAAUUUCUAUGCUUUCCGCAACCUACUUUUGGAGUUAUCUACAGAAUGCUUAGAUGUAGAAGCUUCUGAGGGGCACUCAUAUUAUGAUCCAACAAUGGUAGAACUCCGCCGACAAGCAGCAGUAUCCUAUUUCAGUUGCGUGUUUCAGGCGUCUGAGAAAAUGGCUGAAGAGGCUUUUAAGAUGCCUCAGAGGCGUUCUCAGAUUAAUUCAAGAUUUUUGAAGAUACCUGAAAUGGAAAAUGCUUUUGUGGGACUCCAGGAAAGGCUGGUACUCUCUCUGUCAGAUUCAGAAUAUGAAGUUCGACUUGCAACAUUGAAGUGGCUGCUGAAAUUCCUAACAUCAACAGAAUCUGGUAGUGAGUCCGAUGAUUAUAGCAGUGAGAUUAGGAUUAUUCAGCACUGGAACAGAACUAACCUCCAAACUACGUUGGUUAAUCUCUUAGAUGUGGAGAAGAACCACAGAUGCUCAUAUUACAUUCUGAGGAUUCUGUUCACUUGGAAUGCACUGCAGUUUCAGAAGCCUAGGGAUGAAAUGUGCACUGAAACAAUUUACAUUGGUGGUAUGGAAUAUGAUUCUGUGUUUGUACUUUGGGACAAGUUGAUUUCCUUGUACAAGCUCACAAGACAUGCAAAAGCUCGAGAAACACUCAUCUGCUGCAUGGGAAUCUGCGUAAAGAGGUUUGCAGGUUUAUUUACAACAUCUGUUCUUUCUGAUGUAAGGAUGAGGAGAUCAACUGACAACAGUGAGUCUGAUCAGUUAGAAAAGUUGACACAACUUUAUAGCACAAUUUCCUUUUUCACCAGCGUAAUUAAGAAACAUAGUGCUUCCUCUGAGCCAGUAAACAUGCGCAAGGCGGCAGCAGAGUCUAUCAUAGCAUGUGGUUUGCUAGAGCAAGCUGAGCUUAUUGGUUCUACUUUGUCCAAUAACCAAAUCCCUUCUGAAAAUCCGUGCUCUUAUUUUGAACCCAAAGAAGCUGUUAAUAUUUACGCUCGUCAAAUUCUAGAUAUAUGGUUUGCAUGCAUCCAGCUGUUGGAGGAUGAGGAUGAUGGGAUUAGAGAAAGGCUUGCCAGGGGUAUUCAGGGGUGUUUUACUUGCAAAAGAUCUGGAAGCUCCCAUUGUGGAGUAGUUCCAACUCAAGUGGAGAAAGUGAUAGGAUCUUGUUUUGAGCAUCUAUCUUCCAUCUUUGGUCACUGGAUCGGGUAUUUGGAUAGUCUUUUACGCUGGAUGCUGAAUGCAUCGAAUUAUGAGGUGGCCAAAGGAGAUCUUGUGAGACAGGUAUUUGAUAAGGAAAUUGACAAUCAUCAUGAGGAAAAGUUGUUUAUCUGUCAAAUUUGUUGUUCUCAAAUGGAGAAGCUUCCAAUUUCAAAAUCUUGGGCUGUUGACUUUCUGAACAAACAACAGUUUAGGGACUAUUUACAUGAUUGGAGACUCAGAUUUUCCAGCCAGUUGAUGUCAUUUGCCAAGGACCGCAUUGGGCAACUAGGCGGGGCCGAUUGGGUCGGUGGAGCAGGCAACCAUAAGGAUGCAUUUCUGCCUGUGUAUGUCAAUUUGCUUGCCUUUCAUGCUGUCUCAAGUUGCAUAUUCAGUGGGAAAACUGAUGAUGACAUGCAUCUGCUCUCUGAUGUUGCUGAACUUUCUAGAGCUAUAAAUCCAUUUCUUAGGAACCCUCUGAUUUCUAACCUGUAUUUGUUGGUAGUUAAAUCUCAUGAGGAUUCUAUUGGUUCGACAGGUGAUGACAUGAUCCCUAAAUUGGGAGAGGAUGCAAUAUGGGAUGGAUUCAAUCCCCAUUUUCUUCUUAGUUAA